AUGACUCCCAGCAGAAUAGAGCGUGACGCGAGGAGAAAAGCAUCGUUCAUCGGAGCUCGGAAAGCCGUUGGCCACCUGGGCUUCCGAAUCGCGGCUCCUAUUUCAGAAGAGAAGGCUCGCAGCAGCCGUGAGCCCGCGGCCCUGCGAGCGCUGCGGCGUCGCGGAGCGCCGGCGGAGGAGGCCGGGGCCCGAGCGCUGCUCGCGGCGCUUCUCGCCCUCAGGUCCCUACGGGAGCAGUGGCAGCGAGCUUGGGUGCGAGCUCUCAACAGCCAGGCGCGCCGGCACGGGAGUUCAGUGCAGAUAACGUUUGAAGAGGGUCAUCAGUUACCACAAGCUGCAAAUAUAAGUUGUGUGACGUGCAAGGGACAGUCAGACCACGGCAUAGUGCUGUGCUGCCAUCUGUCAGCUGAAGCUGUGAAAUUCCCUGUCUCUGUUACUCAGCAGUCCCCAGUUGCUGUUUCUGUGGACACAUACCACGUCACUUUGGCUGUGCUGCAGGCUCAGGUGGAGAUCCACUUGGAGGAGAUACAGAAUGAGGGUCUUCUGGUAUCAUGGACAUUCAAAGACAGACCAGACUUGGACUUUCUGGUCCUUCCGCGACUUGAGCUUCCUGCGGAUGAACGGAGAGCAGAUCUGUCCACUAUAAAGGAUCUGAUUGAGGAUACCAUUGUCAGUACGAAGCCAGCCAUGAUGGUGAAUUUGAUGGCCUGCACCGCUGGAGCCAGUGCGGUACUCAGCAAUAAGGUGACUCGAGAGUCUCCGUCCGGAGUAGCAGCAGCAGCAGCCCCUCUGAGUUCUAAGCUGUUGCUCCGGAAUCUUCGAGUGCUGAACUUGGACUGCCAGGGGAAGGGAGGAGCUGGGGAGAUACGCUGUAUGGCAGAGCUAGAUAGCCCCCCACAGCAGAAGUGGACGAGGCCGAUGACAGGUAGCAGUGUCGGUGCUGCAGGAGAGAUGGAGUGGAAUGAUGAGUUCUUUCUGGAGUUGGGACCUAGAAGCAAAGAACUGAAACUACAGGUGCUGGGGAACAGCGACGGAGGGGGAAAUGUGCUGCUGGCAUAUGCCACACUUUUGAUAGAUUCUUUGGGCAAACAGCCGUCUGGGAGACAGGUCUGCUCACUGGCCCCAGGAGCUGGACAGUCACUGACAGCUGAAGCUACCAUUACAUUGGAGCUGCUGUUCCAGGAGUCUUCUGCAUCUUUGAAUGCUGUGCAUGCCACUUCUCUGCGAACCAGCAUUACCCCCACUAAGAAGGUGGAGAUGGACCGGACCAUCAUGCCCGAUGGCACAAUCGUGACUACUGUCACCACAAUUCAGUCCCGGCCCAAGGCAGACUGCAAACUGGAUUCACCAUCAAGGUCGCCUUCCAAAGUGGAAAUGACUGAAAAGAAGACAACAGUGCUCUUGGAGACUGGCUGUCCUCACACCCACUUGCCCAGCGGUAGCCGGGAUGGCCAUAUGCCUAAUGGCUUGGAUCCGGUGGCCGAGACAGCAAUCAGGCAGCUAACUGAGACGAAUAACAAGACCACCAAGAAGACACCAACAAAACGUAGUACACUCAUCAUCUCAGGAGUGUCCAAGGUACCUAUUUCUCAAGAUGAAAUGGCACUUUCUCUGGGUUAUGCUGCAUCCCUGGAGGCCACAGCAUGUGGGGACUCUGAGGCAGAGGGCACAGCUGACCACAUGCACGAUUUUACCGAGUUGUCGCGGCCACUGGAAGCGUUGCAGUUGGGCCAAAGGGACAGUCAGGAGCUGGAUGAGACAACGCGAUCAGACAUCUCCGAAAGACCAUCCGUGGAAGAUGUUGAGUCUGAAACUGGCUCCACGGGAGCCCUUGAGACAAGGAGCUUGAAAGAUCACAAAGUUAGCUUUCUUCGGAGUGGUACCAAGCUCAUCUUCCGGAGAAGGAGCAAGCAGAAGGAAGUGGGCCUGAGCCAGUCACACGAUGACUUGUCCAAUGUCACUGCCAACUCCACCACCAGAAAGAAAACUGGUAGCUUCUCUCACCACCUCAUCAAACGCUUCUCCUUCAAGUCUAAAUCCAAACCCAAAGGUAGUGACAGCACAUCAGCUUGUGAGAACUGAAGGAGGAAGAAGCCCAUUGGAAAAAUUUCUCAGAGAGCAUUUUCUAGUCUCUUGUCUUCCCACUCCAUGGUGUCUGUGACAUGCAGUCCAGUUCUUUCCAGCCUUGGCUGAGGGAAGACACCCCAGUGCUUUAUGCCAGUUGGGGAGCGGAGGUGGCAAACCUGGGACUGAAGUUUGGCUUGCCUUGGCUUAGCCUUCUCUGCUUGUUGUACCCCACUGUGCUCUCCCAGAAAAUCCCAGUGGCAUGCUAAUCCCCCUGGGGUUCCCUGGACCUGCAGAAGUGAUUCGAUGUGUGUAGGCAUCAUCCGGUGCCUCAUGGAAGCAGGAGGCAGGUCUCUCCAGUGGCAACCUUCAGAGUGAAAAUCAAGAAGCUACUGGGUUAGCUGCAGUGCCGAGAAGUGUGGGAUGUAGCCUCACUCAGCUCUUAUAGUGACAGAGAAUGAUGCAGCCACUGAUGAUCUAAACGCUGUUAAUGCUUGUGCUUGGUGCAGAGGCUGUAACCUGAGGUGUGCUGUAGGGUGACGCGUUCCUGGGCCGUGAGCUGUCAGAGGACAGCUGGCAGCUGGCAGAGCUGCAGUUCUCCAUCUGUCUCUGCCAUUGGAACAGUCUCCUUCAGACAGCACUGAGGAACCCCUGUUUUCUGUGCUGUGUUGGUGAAGGAGGAAGUCAGUAAGAAGGAAGUUUUAACCACUGCACAGGUUUUUGUAGAAGCCCGAGCCGUUGCAAGAAUGCCUGGUCAGUGCUGUCAGUUCUGCCACCCUGUGCACCCACCCUGUGACACUACACUCCUUCCAUGUCUGUGUUCUUGAACAGGCAGGGGCUUGUACACCAGCUACUGUAUGAGCAUAUCCCUUACUCUUGGGGGAGGUUGGGGAUGUUGCCCAAGGGCUGCCAAGCUGUCUUCCAGACCUGCUGAGCGUCCAGUCUCAUGCUGUCAUGGCUCUCGUCCCAAGAACUGGCACCGUGCUGGGGAUGGAUAGCAAGGAAUGUAGUGUAACUGAUGGGGAGCCUAAAGGCACGGGGCAGAAAGAGGCAAGAGUUUACAUGUUAUCACUGAUGGGCUUCCUUUAGUAAAGAGAAUCUUUCUGGAUUGCAUUUGGUAUUUCCUUUCUUCUUGCAAACACGAUCCACCCUGUUCAAACAGAGGGCAUUUGCAGAGAGGGUGAGGCGUACAGGGGAAAAGAGAAUCCCUGUGCAGGAGGAGAGUGUCCUUCUAGAGAAACAUUUUUCUGGUCUCCUGGCCUGUACACAUUUUAUCUGUAAUAUGCCCAGAAGUUCCUUCACAUAGCACAUAACAAUGCUCUGGAGAAACGCUCCUGCCCUGUCAACAUGCCUGGUUUGAAAGAAAGCUCCCACUCUCCUGUGGGUUGUCGAGUUAAGGAGGUGGGACAGAGGGGAGGAAAAACCUCACAGAAGAGCUGUUUCCCAGGCCUGACUGGAUUCUCUAGCUCUGCUCUUCCACUGGAGUACCUCCUGUGCUGGUGUCUGUUGCCCUUCCUUAUGCAGGAUGCUGCCAACUGGAAGAGCAGUUCUCUUGAUGGCGUGGAUAAAAUGUGUUUCUUGGAAGGGCAAACCCUGAUUUGCUGAUACUGCUACUGUGUCCCAUUUCUAAGGACCAGAACAUGUUCGGUGUGCUACAGCAAAAGGGUUUACAGGCAGCUGUUUCUUGCAUGUUUGUACAGGUGGGGAAGGCCAGAGUUAGCAAGGGUGUAAUUGAAAGUGCCAGUGUGUGCUUGCAGGAGGGACUCUUGGCUGUUUUUCCUGCUGAUUCCUCACAUGCCUGGGAAUGUAUGAGUUCGAAAAAUCGUAUUGGUUCAGCUGCCUGACCAGGAACCUCUACAUCUGUUUUGGUCUGGGACUCUUCCUUAUCCCCAGGCUCUGUCCUGUCUUUUGUCCUUUGUUUCUUUCCUUGUCCGCAUGGCAUUGUGGCUUUGUUUGCACUUCCAUGUGCUACGGAUGUCAGAGAACUCUCUGUUUCUUGCUGAGGAUCAUUUUCCUUGAUGCGAGUGACUGGUUUGUGCUACAGUGCUGUUGGAACUUGGCCAUCUGUAACUUGCCUGUAGCAGUCCAGCCACUGGUUUCACACAGCCUUCUUUUGCUGGGUUGGUGUGGUGCUGUCCUUCUCAGGCACAGCCUUGUUCCCAAAGUCUCAGAGUUUGGUUUCAAUUUGGUAUUCUCUCUUGCACCAUCUUCUCUAUGUCUUGUAGCUGCAACAGUACUUUAUGUUCCAUUUUUUUAUUUUAUUUAUUUGUUUUAACACCAUUUCAAGGUACUAAACCUUGAAGAUUUGAACCCAGAUAGCCCCACUUCUCUGGUGGGAAGCUGUGAAGCCUUGCACUAGAAAUGCUGGCUUGAGUGAAGAGCCUGUGGCUCUUCAAUUUUGGGUUAAUCAAGGACCUGCGGUGAGUCUCAUUUGAUAGUCCCAUGUUCUUUUCUUUGAACUGUAAAAGCAGCUUGAGCUCUCUUGCUGUGGAAUAGCUGGAGUCACCACCAUUCUUUGGAAUCAGGGAUCUGAGGCUUGUGGAUACAAGGAGGACUGUGCAGGCUAGCCGGUGUUGUCUCUGUAGGCUGGAGGCAGGAAAGGCAAGGUUUGUAUCUUACAAACGCAUACCUAGAUUUCUUGACCAGCAUAUUUUGGUCUGGCUCGGAGGAAGAGGUGGUAGGAAAGGGAGUAAAACAGAAGCUCAAGUUAGUCACUGGCCUUGGGGACCCUCUCUAGCCAUGUUAAAUGGGCAGUUCCUGUCAUAUGUCUGUGGCUUUCCUGGUUUUUUCCUGGUUUUUUGGCUGCUAGUGACUUGCUGUGGAGGUGUGGUUUUUGAUUUUGAACUUGAUGUGGCAGAAGACACUUGCACUGUGUUUGGCGAAACGAAUGGCACAUGGGAAACAUGCCAGUAAGGGCAUAUCUUCCCUUGAAUUUUUAGCAGCCUUUUUUACCACAGGCUGUAAAUUGUCCUGCAAAUCAGUAUCUGGUUAGUCAGCUUACAAAGGAAAGGGAUGUUGUCAAAGUGCUGACAGAGCACAUCCCCAAGCAGUCCUACAUCUGCUUGUAUUUCCUAGAGGAGAUUUAUUUCCUGGCAUUUUGUUGCUUCUCAAAGUUGUACAGCAUAGGAGCGGUAUUGUAACCUUUUCUUGUAACCUUUUAUCUUCUCUGUAAGUGCAGACUGUUUUUCAGGGUGUUUGGCAGAAGUGAUAUUUGGGGAACAGAGGGAUAGCAGGGCAUGGGUCUGCUGCGUGCACUGGAAAUUUUGUGGUUCAGAUACGCUCCUCAUUAACCAUGUUGAUCUUUCCUCUUCUUAUUUGAACAAGGCUUUCUUUCUGGCCCGCAGAGAUGUUUUCAUUCCCCAGGCAGUAGGUGCUGGUUUUGUUAGUCCUGACUAUGAGAGCACAGGUCACCCUUCCUGGUUUCUCAAAGGCAUGAAUGGUGAUGAAUCUGCCUCAUGGUGGAGGUGUGAUUAUUGGUGUUAGAAACAACUUGUCUAUCCUAAUCUUCUCAGAUGGAAAGAGAAAGUCACAUAAAGUUUUGUUCUCCAGAAGCUGCUAAGACAAAGUCCCCAGGAAUUUCCCCCCAUAGAAUGGCUGCUUUAAGAAAUUUCUUUUGUAUUUAAUCCCCACUUCUGUUUCUGGCUUUAGGGCAGAAGAAUGCUAUUUGAAAUCUACUCUCCCUGUUUAACUUCUUCCAGAUACCUGUGCCCUUGCCUUGGCGCUGCUGUGGACUCUGGCAUUUUGUAAUGCCUGGGACCACAAAGCAGCCCCAUGAAUGGCCCAGGCUACCAUCAAACAUUUUAAGCUUGAAUGAUCUGCAGUUGGCAGAUUGUUGUCUCAGGGUAGGCUCACUAUUUGCACCUUACGAAAUUCACCAAAUAUGUGGCAGAAGAGGAGCAGCAGAGCGGUGGGCUUGAAUGCAUGGGGGCUUUAACCUGCAUAUGAGGGCCUGCAUUCCAGACGCUGUGUUUUGCUACUGGCUGUACAAGCAGAGCAGUCAUUUGUAAAUGAAGCCAAAGUAGGCAUUUUGUUGAGAUUGUUUUCAGUUUUUCUUUGUUUCGGUUUGCUUGGAGGGUUUUUUGUUUGUUGGGGGUUUCUUGUUUGUGUGUUUUGUUUUGUUUGUUUCCUAUUUUGGCUGAACAGUUUUACUAGAAUUUACCUAUGCUGUAUAUGUAUAUAUACUUCUCUGAAGAAAAUAGAUUAACAUCAUCUAUAAGCUGUAAGUAUGCUUGUAAGUAUAUUUCUGUCUGGAUACAUCUUUUCCCCGUGCUUAGACAAGGUUGUUCAGGAGUCUCAUCAUCCACAAAGUCCUCACUGUUGGCCCAUGAGAGAUAUCCUUUUGAGUCAGUGGAAAAUGGACACAGGAAAAAUGGAGGGAACCUAAAAACCUCAAUGUUCUGGGGGUGCCAUAGGAUUUAGCAUGAUGGAUGUCUGAGGCCAGAGGAAUUGGGUGUAUGGAUGUGUGUUUGCACGUGCUUGUAAUUGGAGCAUACUCUGCACCUGCCUGUACUGGUAACCGUGCGGAGUGACUGAUCCAUAGAUGGGAGAGUGGCUGGACCAGCUUCUGUGGCAUUCAGAUCCAUUGUUUCACACAGACUUCCACAGGGGCAGACCUGAGCAAGCAAGCCCGAUUCCUGCCUCUUGCAAACACCCUCAUUCUGCUUAUGCAGUUGAGGGUCGGGUUUUCCGGCAACUUGACUAAAAUGGGGAAGAGCAAGGGGAGACGACUUGGGUGGAGAGCAAGUUCAGUGGAGGGGAAUGUAAUGAAACUUCUUCAAACCAUGGGCACAUGCUAUUUUUAGACUAGAACUGGGCAUAUGGCAAAUGUUUUUGUUAGUUUUUUGGCUUUAGAAAUUCAAUAGCUUAUCUUCUUCUAGGUUGCUAAAUCUACAGAGAAGUAAUUUCUGAGUAGCUGAGGAGAUGCUUGAAUGUUUGGAGAGUUGUCAUUUGUGGUCCUUUUGCACUGGUCUCUCCAUCCCAUCUCCCCUCCUGCUGGGUCAUGGUGAGUCUCAGGGUAGAGUAACAGUCCCAGUGGUGGACAUACUUCUGGCAAUGGUGUGCUUGUGAGAGCACAGCUCCUUCUAUAGGCAUGACUGCUCCACAUCACCUUUCUUUGGUUUGUAAGGUACGGGACCAAAUACCCACACGAAAUUUGAACUAGCGCCUCUCCUUGUGUGUGCUCUUUUGUACUUCAAUGCUUUCUGUCUGGGUGGAUUAUUUUGACUGCACAUUGUUCUGGUGGGAAAUAAUUGGAACUGUGUAGCUAAUAAUGAAAAUAAAACUAUGUAUGACUAAAUGAAGUUCUUGCACCUUUGUAAAUCUCAAAGAAGAGUUCUAUUGCUGUGUAAUGGCUGAAUCUGUUAACUUAUUAAACAACAUGA